AUGGCGGUUGUCCUUUCUCUUCCAACAGAGCUCCUCUGUCAGAUUGCCGACUCCGUGGACAGCACAGACCUGGGUAACAUGCGUCUCGUUUGCAAGCCGCUCCGCGAUGCUGCGAACAGGGCCUUCGGCAUCGCUCAUGUUAAGAAUCGCCGUCAUGUCCUCACUCAGAAAAGCAUUGAGGCCCUGCUCGAGAUUGUGACUCACCCUACCUUGGGCGCAUACGUC